AUGUCCGACCCCGAUGCACGUCCCCGCUGUUUCAAUACGUCGGAUACAGAUGCGAGCUAUCAAUACUCCUCCUCGUCCGGCGAGCGACAUCGAUCGUCACCUACCACGCUCCCGCGCGCAGCGAGGAGUGCAAAGGAGGUACUAUCCACGGAACAUCGUCCCCAACGUCGCGCGAGCGCACCGAGCGCGACGCCAUCGCCUCGCUCGCGCGCCCGCGGCUCGCCUCCCCUCCCGCGCGGUCCCUCCACCACCACCACCACCAAGACGCCCACUCCCGCCGCUUUCGCCACUCCUCGUCGUCGUCGUCGUCGACGUCGUCCGCCGGCGCGAACACUUCCCCGCGAACCUCGUCCCCGCGUCGCGCGUUCCCGAGCGCCGACGACCCGUAAGCUUCCCCGGACACCUCCCCGGACACGUCGCCGGAAACGGACGCCUCCCCGGACGGGAUAA